GGGACAGCAUAAGAGGAUUAUGCACCCUCUUGUGAGAAAUCAAGAACGGAUUGCAGCAUCUAAACCCAAAAAGAGAACUUGUGGGAAAGUGUGGUCAGAGGAGGAGGAAGCUCUCCUGAGUCAGCUGAUGAUUGAGUAUGCCGGCAGGAGAAAUAUUAACCAACUGAUUAUGGAACGGAUUCCAUCUAAGACGCUGAAGCAGAUCAGUGAUAAGCGACGUCUUUUGGUGCAGACGUCCAAGGAAAAGAUAUCACCACCUGAAGUGGAGCAGGUUGUUGAGGACAGCCCACCGGUGAUAAUGGGUCCUCGAAUUGCUGAUCCGCCAAGGAAAGGUUUCAUCAGGCAACGGUAUCAAGACUAUAUGGGAAGAAUGCUGGCUUCUGGAAGAUCUUUCGACAGUGGAGAUGCUUUCGAGAGAAUCUUCCGUGGAGAGGAUGGUCAAGCGGUGGUGAAUGAGUGCUUUGAGAAAUUCUUUGGCGGUUCUGAGAGCAGUAGCCAGGACAAGAAGUCGGUUAAAGGUCGAAAACCUAAAAAACGCCGUAAAGGGAACCAAAGGACAACAUCUUGGAUGAAACGGAGGGCCAGGAAAAAGGGGAAAUAUCUCCGAUACCAGAAAUUGUUCUACGCACAUCGAAAGCGGCUUGCCAAGAUAAUUUUGGAUGAUGUCGAGGCCUUGCAAUGCCAGAUUCCAUCGGGCACAGUUUAUUCAACCUUCAAG